AUGCUCCUUGAGCACUUGACUUCAAACCAUUGGUAUGCUGCCGCUCUGGCCAUCAUCGCUUGGUACAUCCUCUCGUCCAUUAUAGUAUGGUAUCGCCUACGUCAUAUCCCAGGGCCUUUCUUAGCCAAGUUUUCAUAUGUAUGGCUUGCCCGACUAGCACUGAGUGGCAAACAAUAUGAAGCUCAUCUUGAGCUUAAUAAGAAAUACGGUCCGAUAGUGAGAGUCGGUCCUUACGAGGUUUUCACAGACGAUCUGGAGCUAUUGCGCAAAAUCAACGGUACCAAAAGCUCAUAUGCCAAAGGAGCAUCAUAUAGCGGUUCCCGAUUGAAUCCAUUCCACGAGUCACUAUUCAUGAUGAGGGACCCAAUAGCUCAUGACAAGUUGAAAGCAAAGCUGAUCUAUGGUUAUAGUGGAAAGGAGACAACGGGUCCAGAAGCCGCUAUCGAUGAGCAGAUCAUGAGCCUUAUCCAUCUCAUACAGGAUAAAUACAUAUCGAAGCCUAAAGAGUUUCGUCCGCUCGUAUGGUCAAGGACAGCGGGCCUCUUUACUUUGGACGUUAUCUCUCGUCUUGCGCUAGGCCAGGAAUUUGGCUGCUUAAGGAGAGAUGAAGAUAUUCACUGUUUCUUCGACACGUUGAACGAUUAUCUACCUGUUAUUGCAUUGACAACAGACGUUCCAUGGCUUCGGAACAUAGCCUUCUCUCCACUGUUUCUCAGGCUAUUUGGUCCGAGUAUCAAAGACAAAAAAGGAAUAGGGAAAAUGAUGGGCCUUACCAAUAAGGUUGUUGAGGAGUUUUACCACGGUGAUGGUCAGGUCAAGCGGGACAUGCUUAGUUCAUUCAAGAAGCACGGGUUGAGUAAAGACGAAUGCGAGAUUGAGGCAAUUUUCAUGUUUGUCGCAGGAUCAGAUACGACAGCAUCUGUUAUUAGAGCAGGCAUGCUUUACAUUCUUGCGACACCUCACGUCUAUAGUCGCUUGAAGCGAGAAAUCGCAAACGCUAUCCGUGAAGGACGGGCUUCGAGACCAAUCAGUAAUGCAGAAUCCCUUUCUCAACCAUAUAUACAGGCUGUUGUAUACGAAUGUCUUCGAAUCCGCUCUGUUUCCACGAACAUGAGCUUCAAAGAGGUUCCGGCUGGCGGCGAAUCCUACAACGGAGCAUUCCUCCCCGCCGGCACCAACAUAGGAGUCAACUUCUCAGGACUUCUCGGCUCAGAAUCCUUAUUUGGCAAGGAUGCUCAUAUCUUUCGACCGGAAAGGUUCACCGAGGUUGAUGACAAGACGAGUGCUAAGAUGAAGCGCGAUGUUGAAUUGACCUUUGGGCUUGGGAGGUGGAGUUGUCUGGGGAAGCCGAUCGCUUUGAUGGAGCUGAACAAGAUUUUCUUUGAGCUCUUCCGACACUUCGACUUCCAGCUGGCUGAGCCACAUCAGGCAAUGCAGUUUGACUCGUAUAUGUUGUUUCGUGACAAGGGUUUGGUUCUUAGGGUUACUGAAUCAGACCUGGAGGAUCUGUGA